GUUAUUUAAUAAGAUCUCAUAGGGACACACUGGGUGUCUAUUCCUGACAUCACGAUUUUAUUUUCAUUGACAGCAGUAGGAGAGUAAAAGUCUGACUGUGAAAGCUAUCAAACACACUAAGAUGAAUAGAUACAUGAAGUGUUUGAAUCAUGAAUUUUCACAUCGUCAAGGUUGUAUAUUUACAGACUUUCAUGUCCAUGAAGAAGUGGAAGGUGUACAGAUGUUUAUGGGUCGACGUCUACCACCAAAUCCAAGUCGCAGGAUUUGUAGGUUACAAAACAGAAAUAGCUUUUUCUUAACCAUUUCUGAAUCUGGUGGAAUUAUGGGAACAAAGAACAUUCAAGAUGCAUUUAGUAAGUAAAUUUACACAUUCAUUUUACGCAUGAUAUUAUAAUGAGCAAAGUGAAUCACGCAAGCUAUUGUGCGCAAUUAGUAAGAUUGCGUGUAUAUAUAUUGACAUCGCCGCAAUUAUCUCCAUGUCUGCAUUGUCUGAAGUCUGCUUUGUUUCACCUAACUUUUCAUCAACCUAAUCAGACUCACGUUUUAUUUUUCUUCAAUUUCCUAUUAAAUGACCGCGCAUUGUCUUCAUUUAUCAUGUUCGCUAACAUACAAACUUUAGAGAUUUGUUUGAAAAUUGAUAAAAAGAUCUUUUAUCUUGUUUAACCACGUGUGCAUCUAAGGCCUGAUGUGAACGUUUUAUUGAAAUAUUGGUUUUAAUCAUAGUAAAAUCAACUAUUAGUUGAUAGUGAUAACCAUCAAGGUAUAAGGGACCACAAUAACAUCGAAAAUAGCCUAUUGUCUCAAUCCGGAAAAAAAAAGUGUAAUUUGGCAACAGUGCAUUUUCCGAAAAAACAACUUUUGGCAGUUCACGAACUUUGUAGAAAACAAUAGAAUUAUACUAAUCAUGUGAUAAUAUUGCUGUAUGUUUCUUGUUAUAUAUAGCAAGUGACAAGGAAAAUUAAAACUGUUGACAAUAAUUUAGAUGGGCUGCUGAGCAAAGUCAAUUUCGCACGCAACGACAUUUUGAUUCGAAAUUUGACUCGACUAAAUUUAAACAAAUGUUUAUUGCGUUGCGGUUACGGAAAUCAAGGUGUUUCACAGUAUCACUUCAGAGUGAUAGAGGUGCGAUAUUUAUCGCUUUAUUGUGAAUUGAGAGAACAAGGUCAAGGAAUAUUGAUGUCUGAAAAGUAUAGACUACAAAAUACUAAUUAAUAUUGUUGUCAUUAUGAGUCAUUGGUUUUUGGUUGUGGGUCUAGAUAGCAAAGUUGUCAGCACUUGCAGUAUUGCACAUGCCUGCUUCUUUACCUCUUCCUUCCUGAAGUGUCUGGAAUACAACCGAUAUUCCGCUUCAAAGUUUAAUUUUUGGGUUUUUUAUUGGUUCGCCCAUGAUCUACAUAGUAACAUAUAAAUGUAUAUAUACCAAAUUAUUCAUUCUGGACUAGGAGUCUAUAGGAAUACAUUAUUUUAUAGUGUUAAGGUGUAAAAUAAUGAUAUAUAGGAUUAAUUAUACAGAUAUUUUGGGGUUUUAAAUUAGUUGGUAUCAAGACUAUUCCAAAUGUCCAUUCCUUUUACUGAAAGUGAGUAUUUGACGAAGUUAGUCCUUUGACAAGUCUUAUGAAGUUUAGAUGUAUUUCGUAUGUUAUGUUGAUGAAUUUGAUUGUUUCUAAUGAUUUUUCUAAUGUUAAAUUGUUUAAAUAAUGAUACUGUUUGACGACUAAGGCCACAUAAAAAAAAUUACUUGUUUAGCGUCCACCCAUUUUAAUUUUUCUAGGUCGGGCGGACGGAUUUUUUUUUUUUUUUUUCGUAAAAUGCAACACAAAAUUCUGCUAAAUGCAGGAAAUCCAGUAUAUUACCACAGUCAAAACUCACUUUAAUUCUUUUAAAAUCCGUUCAUGUUUUUUAACUUCCCGUUCAUGUUUUUAAUAAAACAGAAAAUUACCGUUUGGCGGUCACGCGCGAACACUUUAGCUGCGAACAGGCAUAUUCUGGGAAGGAAACUUUGUGUAAACGUAUUACAUAGCUCCCAGAAGAAUAAAAUCACCAUUUUUUCAAGUAAAACGGUCUUUUUUAUAGAGUUUUUCCACUAAACUCGGACAAAUUUUUAAAAAAAAUUUAAAAAAAUUGGAGGUCGGUGACUUUUAUCAGGUCGGGCGGGGACGCUAAACAAGUAAUUUUUUUUAUGUGGCCUAAUUAACCUAUAUAUACAUUAUUUAUGUGCAGUGACUGAAGGUUAUGUGACAACAAAUAUUUAGGCUGUGCAGGUGCAGCAUUCCGUUUUUUAAAUAAACACUUUACAAUGGUCCUAUACACUGUGAAACAGAGCCAGUGAAAAUAUCCUGACCUUUUGGCCUUUCCUCUCCCAGCAGUUUCUGCUGUCAACCUUGGAGUCAACGAACAAAUGACAUUUUCUGUCAAGACAAUGAAUUUCGUUUUUGCGGUGUCUAAGUGGGUUAUGUAUUGAUUUUCUCUUCUGAUUUAAAUUUCCCUGUGUCUGCGAAUGUAUAUACCCCCAAAAUAAUUACGUAACUAUAUUCAAAGCUCGAUUAAAUUAUCAGCUUAGUUAGCGGCCUCUUUGUAAAACUACAGUUUUUGUGGCUGAGUGGGAACCGGGUGAACUGCGGAGGAGGCUGCUGACAUAUAUACACAAGCUGUCUACCAUUAAAUCAGUGAUGUAUAUGCACAUAAUAGUCUGACCUUUCGCCUUGAGGAUGCAUCGUCACGCAGGAUACUACAACAACAAUGCAUGGAAGUUGGAAUGUCAGAGGGAUGAUAUAACCAGGUUUAAUUUCCUGCCAGAUCUACAAAGUUUUAUUAUCUGAAAACAAAAUAUUUUUAGUUCAAUUUACAAGAUAAGCAGGUUAAUCCAGUAAUAUCAUUUGUAAAAUCAAUAAUUAUGAGGCUGUAAACCACAUUAAUGGCGAGACAUUUUACAGUGGCCUUUAUCGGCUUAAUGUCAUGAACGGUCAUAUCAUUCUCUAUAUAAGACAGUAAAUUUGCAUAAAAGUCGGACAAACAAUGUUUCAUUAUUUUCUUUUUUAUUGCAACACCAUUGAUUCAUUGUACAUUUGCGCGUUCUGAUUGCUUGAUGAGUCCAACGAUAUGUCAAAUCAUAAUAUACUGAACAGAUGCUGUUUAUCUCCAUAAGGUAAUUGUAUAAAACAUUUCAAAUUAUGGAAGAAAAUUUCAAAAUUUCCUAAAUUUGUUUCAUUGUGAGUAAGUUGUAUACUUAUAUACGUCGUCACUAUAAGUUCAUCUCAUAAUAUGGGAGCUUAGUAAUUUUGGCAAUCAUAUUCCUCCGUGUCCAAGGUAACGCAGUGAAACUUAGUUUGUUUCCUUUGACGUAUUCGGUAUGAAACUCCAAUAUUUAUAAGUAUUUCCUUUGUUUAGUAUUUGCUAAAUGCUGUGGUUAUUUUAGUUCAAGACAUUAUUCUUUUAUCAUUUUUAAAUAAUCUUGUCAUCCCUCUUCAACACCUUUGUCACGUCUUCACUUGUUUGAUUUGAAAAAUAAGUUGUUAGGGGCAGACCAUUAGAAAAGCGAUGGGGGAGGGGGAGGAUUUACAGAUUGCACGAAUUUUUUGUUUCGGCCGAAUUUGUUCCCCCCUCUUCAUCAUUUUUCUAAUGGCCUCGGCGCCUCGCCCCUUACCUCUGUGGCCGUUCUCAUUAUUAUUAAUAACAAAAUUAUUGUGAAGCUUAUCCGAGCUUUGGCGUACAUAGUGUUACAAGACUUACAAAAUGUCAAUUUUGAAAACACAUUGUGACUGUGAGACUAUAGUUACAGCGGAGACAAUUUCCUCCACAUAGGCUUGAACUGAGUUUUUGUCAUCGAGCUUAUUCGGCCUCCCCAUGCAUGUGUACCAAGCUCUCCCCUCGGGCAACGCAAAGCUAUUGAGCCCUGAUGAAAAGUUUCUGCUGAAAGAAAAUUUUGUAAUUAAUAUAAUUGCCAUAAUGUUUGUAUACCUAAUUCUGUUAUGACAAGGGAUAAGGAUUAAAAUAUUUUUUAUACGUGGCAACAUCUAAUAUGAUUGACUGUCUUUCAUCAUUUGGUAUAUAUGGUUAGUACAGAGCCGCCAAGUUUCACGGUUUAAACGUGAGUGCCCAAGGUUUUGGGGCUGAAUUCGAGGUCUCGCAGGUAGACAUACAAAUGCAGUAGGCAGCGAUAUUUUUUUAAAUGUAAUACAUUAUUUGAUGUUCAUGUCUGAUGAUGAUUUGAAAUAAAAUGGAAAUAUGAACAAAAUCCUGUUUUUUGUUUUGUUUUGAUCCAUAUCUUGAAUUUAUCCGAAGAUGUUAUUUUUCGGACUUUGUUUUGUAUCUCACACUAGUGUUUCAGGAAAAUGAAACAUACUGCGGAUCAAAUUUUGCAUCAGCCAUCACAGUCCAGCGAAUAGAAACAAAUAUCCAAGAGCAUAUUACUCACUGCAUGUGUACUAUGAGAUCAGUGGUAUUACUUCCAAUCUAUACCUCUUGUCACUUUCUCGUGUACGAAAUAGCAUUCUAAAGACCCGGUAGAAAACACAAAGUUUUGAAAUGGGGCAUGCCAAUGAGUUGCACCAUGCUUCACUCAUUCUGUUUAUUAUGGCAUCCCUGGUAACGAUCUACAAGUUUUUAAUCAUCUCAACUGACUUGACAGCUCUGUGUGCAGUGGUACCUCUGCAGUGGUACCAGGGCUCUCAGAACGGAAUUCCAAAUUUUCCUUAGACUCAGCGGUAAAAAUUCCUUAAAUGGACAAAAAUUUCCUUAGACUUGGCCUAGUCUCUGAGGAACACUCCAGUUGCGCGCGAUCAUAGGCGCAAUUGGCGCGAAAAUAUGUAAAUAUAACUUUUUUACAUCGGAAAAUGGCGGAUUCUGAAUUUUCUGAUUUUGAAUCCGAGGGAAGCGCUCCAAAAAAGACUAAAAUUUAAAAAAAAAGUAUAAACAAAAAUUUCGAGCGGAAUGGAGAAAAUAUCCUACUUUUAAACAUUGGCUUGUUGCAUCAAAAAACGCGAACGACGAACCAUCAUGCAAAGUUUGCUGCAAAAAAGUUUCGAGUUCGAAAACUGCGCUUCAGAAACACAGCGAGUCAAAGUCACUCAGAAACUUACGCCCGUAUUCUAAAAGCUCCCUCACACUCACUGAGUGGAGGUUCAAUCUGAGCUUUUCUUGAGUGUCAAUGCUGUUAUUGAAUAGCUGGAGGGUGAGUGGUCACAAGGUACAACACUAACCCUCCAGCUAUUCAAAAACAGCAAUGACACUCGAGAGAAGCUCAGAUUGAUCAGCGAUUUCAGUAAAAACUAUUGCCCAAAAUUUUCAUUAGGUCGAUGGAUUUCGAUGGAUAUAAUUUAUAAGUAUAACGAACAGUGGAAUAACUAAUUAUUGUUUGGAGUGUUUUUCAACUCAAAAUUCCUUAAAAAUUCCUUAAAAAUUCGAUUUCCUUAAAAGUCUCCUUAAAAAGGUCAAAAUUUCCUCAGUUUAAGGAAAUUUCCUUAAAAAUGAGAGCCCUGACUGUCACAGAAAAGAAAAUGGACCAGAAGCCUCACUGUAUAUCUUUUCCUAACAUUUUCGUGUCCGCGAUUUUCGCCAUGCGGAUCACGAAUUUCGCACGCUAGAUGACGUGUGUGACACUUGCUCAUAGAGAUUAUAAAUAACACUAGAGGAGGCAUUGUAAUCUUAAUUCAGUAAAAAAAAGGGAACGCGACUAUUGGGGGGCAAAUUCAAGUCCCGGAUGUGUAUUCGUGUUCCCAUUGGUGACGAGUUUCAAAUCAGCCAAUGAGAGCACGAUUUUAUAUCCGGGACUUGAAUUUGCCCCCCAUUAGCUGCGUUCCCAAUUUUUAAACUCGAUGCCUCCUCUAGUGUUAUUUAUAAUCUCUAUGCACUUGCUGCGAACAUCACGUCAGCGUUCGUCAGCAAAACGGUUAAAACAGCAAUCUUUAUUACCUAGUGAUGGCGUUUGAUGGCGUCGUGAUUACACUUGCUGGCUCGCGCCUGCGCAUAAAAAAUCUCGGACAUAAUUUUGGCUAAGUGAGGCUUCUGGUCUAUUUUCUAUUCUGUGCCUGAGUGGUACAGAAAAUUUUUUUCGCAAAGUAUCACUGAUGAUAAAAUCGACAUUAUGUGAAUGCCAAAAAUUUAUUCCGUAUAACGUGGAUAAGUGUGGAAAUUGUGGUUGUAUGAAAUCUUGGAAGAGCAGUGUUCAUUUGUGUUUUUAUUUUUAGAUAAAAUUCAAAUAAUUUCCAUGGGAAAAAAUCUUAUUUCAUUCAGUCCGAAAGAUAGCUCGAUGUAUUUGGCUGUUGAUAAGAAUGGAAACAUGUUUCUCACAGUAAGUAUAUUUCAUCAUUCGUUAGGCGUCUAAGCGGUUUGAACCUACAUGUCCAAACUAACUAGUGAAAAUCUCUAUACCGAACUCCCACCCCGAAAGUUAUUUUUCCAAUUUUGGGGUCCUGGACUGGGAAUUAUAUAGUAAGAGAGAGAGGCAACUGGCAAGGUGCUAAAUAGAGACUGGAAACCAUAGAGAGAUUGAGUAGUAAUUAGUAAACAGAGGCUAAGGGCUAAAUCUCUCUCAUUAAUCGUGAGCCAAUCGUGACAUGGCUUUUUCAAAGGACAAUUUGUGCACAAAAAUUGAAGCAUGAAUUAGCUAAAAACUUGUCGAAACUUUCGAAACCUGUAGAACUUACCUAAUUCAAAUGCGAUUUAACUUCUCUAUUGAGAGUUGAAAAGCGAGAGUUUGCCGUGAGUUUUCUCAACAGAUUCUCAUGCCCAAGUCAACGAGAACAAGUGUUGCAUGAGAGUUGAUCAGAGUUGACUAUAUUACCACGCGCGGAGCGAAACUCUUAUCAACUCGAUCUCAUUAAAAUUUGAACCAGUUCAAAGUUGACGAGAGUGUGCGAGAGUCGAUCAGAGUUGGCAGUCAUCUGCAGUCAAACGCAAGCGAGAGUUGAAACUGUCGACAAUUCUCGCCUCAACUCUCAUUCGUUUGUCCGCCGGGGCUUAAGCGAUUGCAUUGGUACAAGUGUAUAUUGCAUGUAUUAUUCAGUUCACUCCCCAUUGGAAUUUUCAGUGACCGAUUAUAUCAAGUAUUACGCUUACUUUAUAUUACGUACUUAGCCUUGUUUUCUUAACUUUGUUUAUCCUAACACACCCUGGUGACCCUGUCAACUUUCCCUGUGGGAGGAAAGCUCAGGAACCCAAGCUUCCGGAGCGGAAAACCUACAGAAAACCCCGCACGACUUCCGGCAGAGCGUUGACAGACUCGUUCAUAUAAGUCCACAUGAGUCAGUAGCGAGAAUCGACCCCAGGAUCUCAGAGGUGAAAGGCACUUGCUCCGACCUCUGAACAAAAGACUCCUUGCAUGGAUAUCAUUUUACGAAUAGAGAAUGUAUUUAUUUUCUUGCCAUUUUUUAUUUAUAACUUUGGAGGAUUAACUUAUUGUAUUAUUUUCAGUUAUUUCGGAACCAUUCUUAGAGAUAUGACAAACUAGUUUCGUAUUAUUCUGACACUGAAAUGAUUUGUUGUCUCGAGCGGGAUUCGCAUUUUCGUGUUUCUAGACCGUUCCAAGACAAGCGUUAAGUGGUCGCGUUUCGUGCACUUCAAUUAGCCUUUUCCCAAAAGAGAUCACAGUGCAUUCUGGGAUCGUUUGGAGUGACAAAAUAUAUGGAGACAGGCGUCAAAUAUAUGAAAGAGUAGAAGUAUCUACUAUCAACUUCUCAGUACACGACCAAAAAUGAAAUAUCUUCUUUUUACAUUAAACUUUUAAUUUAAAUGUGUGCUGCCAUAUUUCUUGUCCCUCCAACAAGGGAUUCGCGCGGCAGCUCGAUCUUUUCCGAAAAUUAAGGCUAUGUCUUAAUUGUAAAAAGCGUUCAAAUUAAGACAUUGCCUUAAUUUUAAACCUAACCCCCACCCAACCCCCACCCUAACCUCUAACCCCUAACCGCUAACCCCUAAUCUAAUUUUAGUCUAACCCUAAUCCAAUCCAAAUCUGGCGACCUUUUUUUUAAAUUACCACCUCUGCGCGUCGAGCCUCCCUUCUAAGGCCAUUACUUUUAUAACAAGAAGUCUUGCCUAAUGAUUGUGGUAUUAUUAAAUUAAGGCUAUGCCUUAAUUUUGGAGAAUUUCAAAUUUAAGCCAUAUCCUUAAUUUUCAAAAGUUUUACAAUUAAGACAUAGCCUUAAUUUUGAGAAGAGAUCAUGUUGCGCGCGAGUAGACCCAGGAUUUUGGAAAAUGGCUAAUUGGAUAAGGCUCGCUACCAAUCCCCAAUGACUCGAUAGCUCAAGGGUAGAACAGCGAAUUUUUCGUUGUACCCGCCAUGUCAGAACAGUGAUGUAACCAGGAUGGGGGACCGAAAAAAUCCCUGGAGGGACCCAAGCAAUUUUACCCGACGCUAGUUCGAAUAAAAUUUGUUUAUUGUGAAAAUGUAUUUGGACGCCCAUGAUACCAUGCAUAAUAUAGUACAAUGAACUUUUAGAGAGGUCCGGGGGUAUGGUCCCCCGGGAAAAUUUUUAAAUUCUAAAGUAGGUAAAGUGCCAUUUUCAGCAUUUUGGGGGUUAUUUUAAGGCGUUUUGGUGAUUUUAAGUAACCAUUUAACACAUAACAACUCUACUUAAUCACAAACGAAUCCAGAACAUUUAAGAAGAUACAAAAUUUCCAUCGCAAUUAAGAAAUGAAAAUAUAACUGCACAUGCUUGUACUGGUCAUGCAGGAUGUUUCCAAGGGGGCCCAAUAUUUUGCCAGGGGGAGGGACGGGGCGGGGACCUCCCCUGCCUACGUCACUAUGUCAGAAUUAUAUGAAACUAGUUAACUUAUUGUAUGUUCACUUUUGCUUAUGAUAGAGAAAGACGAAGGAUGUCAAAAUUGAUCAAUUUAUAUUUGAAGAGAAAAUGGACGAUACAUUUUAUAUUUCAUAUAAACUAAAAGCAUAUCGCGGCAAGAGAGCAUGGUAUUUGUCUAUUGAUGAACAUGGUAAUGUUAGUAUGGUUAGAUGUUUACCUGGUACCACACAAGCUAACUCACAAUUCUUUCUUAUUCAACUUAAGAAACGACAUUCAUUGUGAUGCGCAGAGCAUAUUGUAAGCAGCAAUUUUAUUAUAAGAGUGUGGGAAAUUGUUUGGUUCUUAAAUGUGAUAAAUGUUGCAUAAAAAUAUUUAAUUGAAUAAAAGUUAUAGAAAAUUUUAAACAACUGCCUGAAAAAUAUAAAAAGAACUUCGAAUUUCAAGCGAAGGCCCUUCGAAAUUAUUUUUAUAUUUUCAGGUAUAAUUGUAUAUCGUCCACAAACGUUAGCAGUUUGUAUUCUUCGCAACGUGCACUGCCGGGUCAGAAAAAAAAUCCUAUAAAUUUUCGAAAAACCUAUUAACGUUAAUUGAAAAUGAAACAUGCAACACUGGUGAAAAAAUAGGCUAGAGUAUGGCCAAACGUUGGGUCAUGAAUGCAUUUCAACUUGUAGGCAGGAUAGCGCUAUCCAACCACAGCGGCCCAAUCUCAGAAUGAAUGAUCAGGUGUUGCGGGUUUUUAACGGUUUUUAUAAACAAAUUUAUAGUCAACCAAAACUAUUUUAAAAACAUUCUUAAAUUAGUCAAAUAAAUACAUUUUAACAAUAAAAUAUAGUUGACAUGAUAGUAUAAUACCUUUGCAUUCUUUUAAUUACUCCAUGAACUCAUUUAGAGCGGUUGAUGUAACAUUUUCUGUGGCCUACAUUGAGUGUGCUCAUCUAUAUAUAAUAUUAUAUUAUAUAUAGAUGAGCACACUCAAUGUAGGCCACAGAAAAUGUUACAUCAACCGCUCUAAAUGAGCUCAUGGAGUAAUUAAUUUAAAAGAAUGCAAAGGUAUUAUACUAUCAUGUCAACUAUAUUUUAUUGUUAAAAUGUAUUUAUUUGACUAAUUUAAGAAUGUUUUUAAAAUAGUUUUGGUUGACUAUAAAUUUGUUUAUAAAAACCGUUAAAAACCCGCAACACCUGAUCAUUCAUUCUGAGAUUGGGCCGCCUGUGAUCCAACGGCAACGGAAAGUGAUUUUUUUGAUGCGCACUUCACAAUGAAUAAAUAUAAACUUCAAUUUAUAGAUUGUAAAGUUUAAUCAAGCUUGAAAAAUCACUAUUAUAUCCGCGGUGGAUAGUGCUAUCCGGCUAAUUGUGUUGUUAUUGAAUAUCGUCAUUGGAGAAAACUGUAGGUAUACUGUAAAGUAGUGCAUCGCCAACUAUUUCGGACAUUGAGUCGGCAGUGCGCCAGCGGAUACCCCCGUAAAAGUCAAUAUAGUUUAGGCAGAGAAUCUAUAAAAUACAUAGGAAUCAAACUAAAAACAUCGAAUUGACAAAAAGAUAUUUCGAUUAUUUCAUUUGCUCAAAUGGAGUAGUAUUCCUACAUUGCAUACAAACGGCACUGUCGAAAAAAAUAAUAGUUAAACCUUUAUCUUACGUUUCGUUUCGAGAUUCAACUUCUGAACGCUUUGCUUCUAUAGACUUGUAUACUAACUCGGCCAAAAUCCGCUCGAUUACCGAGUUUCAUUGUUCAAUUUUUAAAUUUCUGUGACUGCUAUGUAAUUUGCUCAAAUGGAACACCAACCUUGAGGAUCCUCGCUAGCUGCUCACAAAAAUUGGGCCCAUAAAACACUGGAGAAGUUUUUCGUAUUUACCAUCAAAUAUCAUGAAUUUUCGUAGACACUUAGAAUAUUAUGCGCUGUUAGUAUGUGAUCGCAUUGCCGCAAAUUUCACUGCGAUUAAAAGCUAAAUUAAAGGCGAAAAAUCACUCGGAGUAGGUUGUAUUUGGUACCAAAAUGAUCGCCACGAUGUUUAUUUUUCAACCCUGCAAACGCUUCUGGGAUACAUGAAACACAACCCGUGCUGCCAGCGGUAGAAGUUGGGCCGUUUGGCUACAGCCAAACUAAAAGGUCAACCAAAGGUCAACCGUAUUAAAUAACUUCAAUCUAGACGAAAUAUUGUAAUGUUUUCCGUGCUUAAAACCAUUUAUUUUGACAAUAACGACUGUUCGAGCGUCGAAAUUAGAAGUUCUAUCCAGUGGGGGAAACACUUAUGUGUUUCUAAUAGAAUUGGCUCAUUUAUUUCCAUUUGGUCAUUCCAAAACAUUGCAAAACAUUGCGCGUUAUUGCGCGUUAUGCAUUUCAGGGAACUUCCGCUGGAUAGUAGGAUUGACAUAAGACCGCAAUAGUUGGCGAUGGAAAAAGUUUCCAAUGUCAAUGACAAUGUGAAAAGAAUGUUUAAAAAUAUCGGGUGUCGUAAACGUCUGAAAGAAUACUUAAAGAACAUGUAUAUAUAGGGUGUUUUAAUAUUUAUAUUUACAGAUAGUAAAGAAUGUAUGUUUAUGAAAAUAAAAAAAGGAAAUUGAUGAAAAUGUCUUCAAUUUUCAGUUAAUAUGAACAGAAAAACGAGCAGAAAAACUUGGGAGAUCACUUCCAGUCCCCGAACGGCGGACGCGCCAUCAAAAUUUCGCCGGAUCAAACAAAAAAUGUAUAUAGGUAGAAACUGUCAAACUGAAGUCAAAUGACCUCGUUGCUCGAAUUGUUUAUCUCUUAUUCUUAUAUGAUAAUCUAUAUUAUUAUAUUGUGUGUGUGUGUGUGUGUGUGUGUGUGUGUGUGUGUGUGUGUGUGUGUGUGUGUGUGUGUGUGUGUGUGUGUGUGUGUGUGGGGGGGGGGCUAGGGAUUCCAAUCAACAAGCAAUGACCAUUCAAACCUGGGGGAUGAACUUGUAAAAAUGUAUAAAGUGCAUUUACAAAAUCUUGAAUUUUCAAAUGUAAAAACUUCACAACUUUAGUCAAAGUUCCUUUUAGGAAACAUGGAAAAUGCUCUUCUGAGGAUUCGAAAGAC